UCAGUCUCAGUCCACAAAAUAUAUAAUUCUUUUAGGUUCGGGCGAGCGAGCGAGCGAGCGAGCUAGAUCCGAGUAAAAUAUAAUAUAAUUAAGAAACAUCGCCAUUAGAGCAAGUAACGAAGGUAAUCGUCGUUGCAGACCUGAGAAUGAUGCUGGCACCAUCUGAGACCAGGAUGGUGGAUCCGGCGAAGACUUUUCUGGGGAAAAUGUUAUUGGAGGAGAUAACUCCCGUGGUGAUGGUGCUUCGAACUCCCCUAGUCGAAGAAGCUUGUCUUAAGAAUGGCUUCAACUUCGUUGAGAUGCUUCACCCCUUUUGUCUCUUCAAGAACAUCGACGUACCUGUACGUACUGCGAGCGACCAACCCUACAGGCUGCACAAGUUCAAAUUGCGCUUAUUUUAUGCUUCUGACGUUCGACAACCAAACGUGGAGGCUGCGGAAGAACAGUUGAAACAGGUUGUUGUCCAUGCUGCUGAGAGAGAUGUAUCUGAUUUACACUCAGAUCCACCUGAACUUGAAAGUGUACUUAACCAAACUAAGCCAGAAGCUUUGCCGUCAUGGUUUAAAAUCUUCAAUAAAGAACUCAUACGCACAUUGGCCUUCUCGGAACAUGAGGCCUUUGACCAUCCUGUAGCAUGUCUUUUAGUUGUUUCCUCAAAAGAUGAACAACCUAUCAACAAAUUCGUUGACCUUUUUAAUACCAAUCAGCUCCCGUCUCUCCUUAAUGAUGGUGCAAUGGAUCCAAAGAUUUUGAAGUAUUAUUUACUAGUGCAUGAUAAUCAAGAUGGCACUUCAGAGAUGGCAUCUAAUAUUUUGACAGAAAUGAGAGGUACAUUUGGUUCAAACGACUGUAGAUUGCUGUGCAUUAACUCUGGAAAAGAUGGAUCGGAAGAAAAGCAAGAUAACCCUUGGAGUGCUUAUAAAAAUGAUGUGCCACUUAGUGAAGAUCUUGGUUGUUUGCUUAAUGUAAAUGAUCUUAAUGAGAUAAAGGACCUCAUGCAAGAUCUGUCUUCCAAACAUAUCAUUCCUCACAUGGAACAAAAGAUACGCAUGCUUAAUCAGCAGGUUUCUGCUACAAGAAAGGGCUUUAGGAACCAAAUAAGAAAUUUAUGGUGGAGAAAGGGAAAAGAAGAUACACCUGAUGCUGCGAGUGGUGCUAUGUAUACGUUCAGCUCAGUUGAGUCUCAGAUAAGAGUCUUGGGUGACUAUGCUUUCAUGUUGCGGGAUUAUGAGCUUGCAUUGUCCAAUUAUCGACUGCUUUCAACAGAUUACAAGCUUGACAAAGCCUGGAAACGCUAUGCUGGCAUUCAGGAAAUGAUGGGUCUUGCCUACUUUAUGCUGGAUCAAUCAAGAAAAGAUGCAGAGUAUUGCAUGGAAACUGCUUUUAGUACCUACUUGAAAAUAGGGUCAUCUGGUCAGCGAAAUGCUACAAGGUGUGGUCUUUGGUGGGCAGAAAUGCUCAAGGCCAGGGAUCAACAUAAAGAGGCUGCUAGUGUCUACUUUCGCAUUUCCAAUGAGGAACCUUCAUUACAUGCUGCAGUGAUGCUUGAGCAGGCAUCUUACUGCUACUUGUUUUCCAAUCCCCCCAUGUUACGCAAGUAUGGAUUUCAUCUUGUUCUUGCGGGUAACCGGUACUAUUUAUCUGACCAGAGAAAACAUGCAAUUCGGACAUACAGAAGUUCUCUUUCUGUUUACAAGGGAAAUUCGUGGAACUAUAUCAAAGAUCAUGUUCAUUAUCAUGUUGGAAGGUGGUAUGCUAUUCUUGGGAUGUCUGAUGUGGCAGUCAAGCAUAUGUUGGAAGUCCUGGCAUGUAGCCAUGAGUCCAUCUCAACACAAGAGUUAUUCCUACGGGACUUUCUUCAAAUUGUCCAGAAAAUGGGGAAAGAAUUUGAGGUAUUCAGACUUCAAUUACCUAUUACCAAUAUGCCUUCUCUGAAGAUUAUAUUUGAAGACCAUCGGACUUAUGCAUCUUCUACAGCUGUUAGUGUUAGAGAAAGCUUGUGGCAGUCUUUGGAGGAGAACAUGGUUCCAUCCUUACCUACCUCUAGGACUAAUUGGCUGGAAUCUCAACCAAAGUAUUCUUCAAAGAAAUAUAAAGACUCCAGCAUUUGUGUUGCCGGAGAGGCAAUAAAGGUGGGUAUUGAGUUUAGAAACCCUCUUCAAAUUCCCAUUUCAGUUUCUGGUGCUUCUCUUAUUUGUGAGCUCUCUGCUAGAUCUGAAGCAGCAGCUUCAGAGAUAGGUGGUCAAUAUAGAGAUUCACUUGUAUCUGUUUCAAGGCAACAGAAUGAUACAGAAUUCAGAAAGUUGGUCAGCAGUUGGGAACAGAAUUCCAGCAAUUCUUUGUUUACAUUAUCAGAAGUUAAUUUUUCGUUGGGGGGAGGUGAGACAAUCAUGGUACAACUAUCUGUUACUCCCAAAGUGGAAGGUGUACUAAAAAUAGUUGGGAUGAGGUGGAAAUUGUCAGGUACUGUAGUUAGUUAUCAAAAUUUUGACUCUGAUGAUGCAAAGAGAAAAAAUGUUAAGGGAAGAAGGAAAGGAAAGCAAUCUUCAAGCAAGAACCUGGAGUUCGUUGUGAUAAAGAGUCUACCCAAGCUUGGGGGCUGUAUUCAUCACCUACCUAAAAGAGUAUAUGCAGGGGAUCUGCGCCGUCUUGUAUUGGAGUUGACAAAUGACUCUGAAUCGUCUGUGAAGACUCUGAAGAUGAAGAUCAGUCAUCCAAGAUUUCUAAUCCCAGGGAGUCUGGAAGACAUGAAUGUAGAAUUUCCUUCUUGUCUAGAAAGGCAGGCAAAUUGUCGAAACAGUCACGUUCAAGCUAAUACUGUUAAAGGGUCCAACAGCUGUUUCUCAUUUCCAGAGGUCUGUACACAACAUGUUUUGGAUGUAGACAUUCAAGGAGGAAAGACCUUGUUGUGGCCACUUUGGCUUCAUGCUGCAGUUCCUGGAAGCAUUUGCUUAUAUAUAACAAUAUAUUAUGAAAUGGAAAAUGUAUUGAGUGAGAUGAAAUACCGUACUCUUCGCAUGCACUACGAUCUGGAGGUGCUACCAUCAUUGGAAAUGUCGGUCCAAAUCAGCCCCUGUCCAUCAAAACUGCAAGAGUUCCUGGUGCGCAUGGAUGUUGUCAACAAGACCAGUUCAGAGAAUUUGCAACUUCAUCAAUUGUCAUCUGUUGGAUGGGAAAUUUCAUCAUUAGAACCUGAUGGCACCAUUUGUCCCUCAGAAUUGUUAAUGGAUGGUCAAGCAUUAUCUUUCUUUUUUAAGCUCAAGAAUUGUAGGAAACCAUUGACAGAAGGCUCGAUUACUUCUGCCCGCCUUCUCCAGGGAAGUGAUGUAAGCUUGGAUCCUCAAGGAAGCAAUGAAGUGUUGUUUGAUAUAUCUAGUUCAGUUUUGGAAGAUUUCUACCAUUAUGAGAGAUUGCACCUUGGAAAGUCAAUUCAGGGGCAUCAGACUACUGUUGAUUUCAUCUUGAUCUCCCAGUCACAAGUAAAUAGUGUGAAUCAUGAGCCUGGAUGGCAGUCAGAUUCUACACAACUGUUUUCUCAUUAUGCAUGCCUCUGCAGCAUUGCAAGCACAAGUCCUGUAUGGUUUCUAAUGGAUGGGCCGAGGAUUGUAAGCCAUGACUUCUCCAUCUCUUUUUGUGAAAUUAGACUACGAAUGACCAUUCACAACUCAUCAAAUGCCGCUGUGUCUGUCCGGAUUGACACUUCAGAUGCUACAUCAAGUACUGUUCGAUUAAGUGAUGUAGCUGCAGCAUCUCAAUAUUCUGUUUCUUCUGGAAACCAAACAGGGUGGCGUGAUGUAUCUCUAGUGAAUGACAUUAAAAUCACAUCUGAUGUCUCAAGUUCCCUAAUUAGCAAGGCAUCAUCACCUGAUGGCAUAACUCCAUUUGUUUGGUGUGCAUCAAGCUCUACUCGUGUUGAACUUGAGUCCAUGUCCACUACUGAAAUUCCCCUACAGAUUUGUGUUUUCUCUCCUGGGACAUACAAUCUGUCAAACUACCGAGUACACUGGGAUCUUCGAUUUCCUGAGGAUAAAGCACUUGGAGACGGUUCACAACAAUCCUCAGGGAUAAGUCCAGGACAUCCAUUUUAUCUUAACGUACUACAGUCCCCUUAGAUACACCAAUCUUACCAGCAUAUCUUAAAUGCAAUAGUUAAUGUCAAUGUUGUCGUCUUGUAAAUUGUAAUAUUUGUUGGAAAUUGUUGUGGGUUUUGUUGUUUUAACAGAAUCAAACAACCCACGUUGAGUUCAAUAUAGACAGGAUAGUUGAAGUCCAUAUUCUUUCUGUAUUCUCGGACAAUAAAAUUAAUCAUGAUAAAUAUGAAGUUUUCCCACAAUUUGAUAAGCAUC